AUGGAUCCUCUUGUUAGCCCGGCCGACGUGUCAGUACAGGUAUCAGUGGCCUCUGACAGUCCGGUUGAGAAACCAUCUUUUGCAACUGAGCGUCGAGUAACUCCAUCAUGGACAGUCACACAGCUCAAAAUAAAGCUCGAAGCUAUGACUGGGAUUCCUCCAGGCAGCCAGCGGUUAAUGUUAAAGUCCCCAGGACGCGAACAUCAAUGGAUGGAUGGUGAAGAAAAAGUUAUUAGCCAGUGGGGAAUUGCAAAGGGCUGUGAGAUCGAGAUCCAUGACCAGCGCCCUGUGGCUGCGCGUCCAAACUACUCCGAUGUUUCGACCACUGAGAAGUUUGAACUCUCGGAUUCUACCUACGAGUCACUACCAAAUAGUGUUCUUGCAUGGAAGAAAGCUCAAAAACUUGGACGUUUUGAUCCAAAUGCUGCAUCUCCAGAAGACAAAGUGAGACAACAGCUUCAGAAGGAUGCCAAUGAAAUUAAAACUAAAGGAAUUAGAGUCUCUGAGCGGGCAAUAAUACUCCCGUCAAGCCCCCCGCAUAUCCGUAGGGGGACUAUCAGAUUUGUUGGUCCUGUCCCUACCAUUCCAUCGCCCCUUAGCAAAACUUAUUCAGGGGAAAUACCCGAUGAUUUGGCACCAAUAUGGGUAGGUAUUGAACUUGACGAGCCUACUGGUAAGAAUGAUGGUAGUGUGAACGGGGAGAGAUAUUUCAAUUGCCCAAACAACUGCGGUGUUUUUGUCAAACCAGAGAAAGUUGAGGUUGGCGACUACCCGCCACUGGGAUUGGAUUUGGACGAGGACAUGGAAGAGAUCUAA